CACUCGCAGACGUGCUUUCACCCCCGACACGCAGAGACAUGUCCCAGAGUAAACCAGAGGAGCGUCUGGCUUUGGAGCUGAGCUGUCCCAUCUGUCUGCAGCUCUUUCGGGAUCCUGUGGCGCUUCCCUGCGGACACAAUUACUGCCUGGGCUGCAUUACAGAUGCUGCCAAUGCUGAAGAACCAAAGUGUCCGAAACGCUGCCCAGAAUGCAGGGAAGAAUACGGCAGCCCUGAGGCACUCCCCAAAAACUUUAAGCUCAGCAGUAUUGUGGACGGAUUUCUAGUGGCCACGACUGGAGGAGGACUGAAAGGAGAAACUACAGUCCCGUGUGACCAGUGCCUGGAUAACCCCGUGGCUGCGGUUAAGUACUGCACGCGCUGCGAGAUGUCUUUGUGUCCAGGCCACCUCAAAAAACAUGAAGAGCGGCACCGGUCACUGCAUGUGUUAGUGGGGCUGCCUGCAGAACGGGACGGGAAGCGAUGUACGGUGCACUUAAAGGUGACUGAAUAUCUGUGUGUGCAGGAGAGACUGUUCCUCUGCUCCGAAUGCCUGAUGGAGGGCGCACACCAGUUCCACGAGGUGCAGACCUUUGAGGUGGCAAAGGAAGAAAUGAAGAGAGUUCUUGAGGAACUGGGGAAGUUUGUGUCCGAUAAACAGCAGAUUACUGAAUCUCUGCUGAAAAGUGCACGAGAGGAACCAGACAAACCUGAAGAUAGACUGGUGGCCAGAGCAAAUGUCCUGCUGGACAACAUGAUGUCGCUUAUUAAUACAUACAAGACUCGUAUGAGCACCGCAAUGAAGGAUGAGCUUCUUCUGCGGGACAAGAGCAGACAGGCCAGUCUCUGUGAGUUAGAGGGAUGUCUCCAUCAGCUCCGUGAAGCAAACCAGUGCACAAACGACAUUCUCUCUCAAUCCUCAGAGUUCCUCUUCAUCCAGAACUACCUCAACGUCGACGCAAAGAUACGGCAGGCUGCAAACGUCACCAUCCCUACUCUACCGAUCCAAGAGUCGUCCGACGGCAAGCACUUGCGCUCGAAACUCUGCACAGAUGCUUUUCACGCGGAGAUGAGUCUUCUUCUGGAGUAUCUGCACGGGAUGAUGAACCCGCUGGACCUGACCUUCAACCCAGCCACGGCUCACCCAAAUCUCCUGCUGUCCGCCGAUCUGAAAACAGUCAAGCAGUGCGCUGGAGCCAAGAGCAGCGUUUCUGGAGACCCCGCCGAGCGCUUCUCCUCCAUAUCUCAGGUGAUGUGUGUGCAGGGUUUCUCCACAGGAGUGCACAUGUGGGCGGUGGAGGUCGGGCCGGGCUGCGCGUGGUCUGUAGGGCUGUGCUAUAAAAGCAUCCCGAGGAAAGGAGACCACAGCAGACUGGGCCAUAACAGCAGCUCGUGGAGGCUCCAGUGGAAGAGCAAGAAGCUGACGGCGUGCCACGACUCCACGAGUAUACUGGUGGGAGAAUCGCUACUCGUGCCGCCGAAGAAGGUAGAGGUGAGCUUAGAUUAUGAGGGAGGAACGGCUGCGUUUCACAGCUCAGGUCACGGAGGCAGAAAGCAACAUCUGCAUACGUUCAGUGCCGUGUUCAGGGAUGUGGUGUAUCCUGCGUUUGGCAUACUCUCCACCUCAGAGGAGUCCUGGAUAACUCUACUGAGUGGAGUUUGACUGACGGCAGCACGCUUUCACUUUUACUUUGUUGCUUCAUUCUUUCGUUCUCAUUCUGUCAGCAUUGCUAUGGAUAAAUGCUAUGACCGGAAUGCAUUUCUAUAACCUGGGGGUGUCAUGCAUGUUUGGCUCCCACUUUAUAUUAGGUAGCCUUAACUGAUCUGUACUUAUACUGAAAUUAAACAUUCAUUACAUUGUGUUUCUACAGUAAAGACAUGUUUUUACAUGGCACUUACGAUUCUUUACAGACCUGCAUGUAACUACAUCUGUAAUUAAUUUGUGUUAUUACAUCUUUAAUUAGUCUGUUGACCAUCCCUUACACCUUAACCCACUCUUUAACCCACCCAUACCUGCAUAACCCGACCCGUAUCCCAGCUCAAGAGCACCACAUGUGUUCUGCCACACAUUAUCAACACAGUCAGUACAUUGUAUUUAUAUUUUUAUGCAAGUACAUAGAGUUAAGGCCUCCUACUAUAAAGAUGGACCCGUGCUUUAAUCAUAUACCCAUGUGUGUGUGUGUGUGUGUGUGUGUGUGUGUGUGUGUGUGUGUGUGUGUGUAAAUAUACAAAAAGCACUUUUAAAAUCAUUGAAUUAACCUUUAAAUAUAUAAAAAUCUAGCUAUAUACAGUGCUCAGCAUAUAUAAGUACACCCCUCACAAAUCUCUUCUUUAAAUUCAUAUGUUUAGGAAGCUCUACAGUAUUAUAUUAGUGCAUAUACAUUAGAUUAGUCUGUACUGAAGCCAAAUCUGGAGCUCAUCUGACAAAAUAACUUAUGAUAAUUGUCCAUAAACUAGUACACACAAAUGUAUAUCUUAUAGAAAAAUAUUAAAUACAUAAAAAAAAUCAAGAGAAGCAAAACAAUGUAAAAGUUUCUUUAAAAAUGUUGUAGUUUGUCAUUUUUUAAAUCAUCUGUUGAAUAAAUCAGUUUUGUUUAAAUGCACCAGAAUACAUUGGCGAUAUUCACUGAGAGAUUGAUAACAAUAACCCUUUUCUAAAUGAAGUGUCCUCAAUUAUGCUGAGCGCUGAAGUUAAAAAAUUAUCUUUAGUUUUGGAACAGGCUUGGAGCAGACAUAGAUUCCCUCAGAUUAAACAUGAUAAUCAGGGUGCUAAUUAAUAUAUUGGGGGGUCAAAUCUUUUUUAAUAUUUGAUAUUAAUGUUAGUUUGUGUAAUGCAUGCUUCAGUGAGCAUGUAAGUGCAUAUAUUUAAAUCAAGAACAUCUCAUUUAUUAAUCAAACUGAUUUCAGUGCUGUGAGGGGUACUGAGGUUAUUUUGACCUACAGUCCUCUCUGAUUGGCUCUUUCAGCAGAUUCUCAGAGAUGAACUAUUGUUCAUAUAAAACACAAUCAGUGACAAAUAAAUGGAUGAUAAGACUGCACUUAUUGUGUUUCAGUUAACCUCCAUGUCCGAGCUUAUGCAUCUAUUCAAAUACAAACUGUGCAUCUAAUGUCACUUUACUUUAGGCUGUAUAUGUACAUAGACUGUGUCUCGUGAACACAUACAGUGUUUAUGGCUGCUCUAGAUCUGCAGGUUUCAGACAGACGACUGAAUGUUUCUGCACCUCCACUGCUGGACACAGUCAUGCAUUCACAAUGCUAUGAUCAAAUGUAAAAACUAUUCCUCCUUAUGAAAAGAGCUUAUUUAAACACUUGUAUAUGCAAGAGCAACGAAAGAACCCACAGUAACAAACUGACUUAAAUUAAAACAGAAAGAGCUCGGCUUUUACACAAUACUGCUGUCUCUCUAAAAUCAAGCAAACUGAAUAGGCUUGUUUACUGUAAAUAUUCCUUAGAUGUGGCGGCACGCUGGCUCAGUGGUUAGCACUGUGGCCUCACAGAAAGAAGGUCGCUGGUUCAAGUCCCGGCUGGGUCAGUUGGUGUGUGGAGUUUGCAUGUUCUCCCCGUGUUGGUUUGGGUUUCCUCCGGGUGCUCCGGUUUCCCCCACAGUCCAAACACAUGCUAUAUAGGGGAAUUGAUGGACUAAACUGGCCGCAGUGUGUGAGUGUGUAUGGGUGUUUCCCAGUAGUCAGUUGUAGCAGGAAGGUUAUCCGCUGAGUAAAACAUAUGCUGGAAUAGUUGGUGGUUCAUUCCACUGUGGCCACCCCUGAUAAAUAAGGAAGUCAGUCAAAGGAAAAUGAAUGAGUGAAUGAAUUCCUUACAUGUCUAUAUUCUGGCUCUAAAAGCAUCUGUAAUCAAAUGAAGCACUGAAUCGUCAGGGAGUUUCAGCUCUUAUUAAUCAGAACAUGAACAGAAGCAGUGAGUUCCUAAUUUAGUUUCAGUUAAAGCGUUGGAGAGGUGUAGAGACAGGAACAGCAUUCUUCAGAGAUAAUGCAGUCACUCUUCCAGAUCAUCAGCAGAUUAUAUGUUAUGAAAUAUGCACAAAAAUAACUGCAGCAUGUUCUUGCAUUCACAAUCGACAGGUUUAUAAGGAAAUGUGCAUGAGCUCGUAAAACAAGAAAUACUUGUUCACACCCUCUGUCACAUUAUUAGAAGCGUUCUGAUUCAAUUGAAUUUUCUAUUCAGCUGACUCAAUGCUCCUCUCUUUACUCUCUUCUAAUAAACACUGACGGCAGAGGUUACAUCUAUAGGCAAUUCUUAACUUGAAGAGGGAGGUCACUCUUUACAAUCAGCUUCAUUAGUUAAAGUAUUUACUAACAUUAACUAAUAAUGAAUAUCCCUUGUGCAGCAUUUAUUAAUCAUUGUUCAACAUUUACUAAUGCUUUAUUAACAUCCACAGUAAUGCUUGUUAGUUAAUGCACCGUAACUUCAACUAACACUGAAUGACUGUUUUCAUUAUCUAGUGCUAACUAACAUGAGUAAACUCUGUAAUGAAUGUAUAGCUCAUAGUUUGUUCAUGUUGGUAAAUACAUUAAGUAAUACACCCUAAUUGUAAAGUCUUAGUAAAAGGGUUAGUUCACUCAAAAUUCUGUCAUCAUUAAUCUUGCUUCACUUGUUCCAAACUUUUAUGAGUUUAUUUCUUCUGUUGAACCUUAAAGAAGAGGUUUUGGAGAAUGUUGGAAACCUGUAAUCAAUGACUUCCAUAGUAGGAAUAACAAAUACUGUGGAAGUCAGUGUUGACUGGUUUCCAACAUUCUUCACAGUAUCUUCUUUAGUGUCUACCAGGAGAAAACAAGUAUUCAUUAAUCUUAAAGAGCUCACAGCUCACUCCAUUGGCUUUGACUUAUAAAAUAAUUAAUGUUGUUGUUUAUUUAAAGGGUCAGUUCACACACAAAAUACAGAUUCUGUCAUCAUUCACUCAUCCUUCACUUGUUUAAUUCAUGUUUGACUCUGAUAUUUCUUUUGUUAAACACAAGCAAACAUAUAUCGUGACGAAAGCUGAAGGCCUGUAAGCAGUGACUUUGUAUUAGUUACUCCUUCUAUGGAAGUCAAUGGUUACCGGUUUUUAUCAUUCUUCAGAAUAUCUUCUUUUGUGUCCAACAGAAGAAAGAAUAAGAUCUGAAUCCACACAUAGGUGAGUAAAGAGUCAGCAUAUGACAUUUUGAGUGAACUCUCCUUAAUAAAAUACAGUAUACCAUUUUAUCAACAACAGCCCCAUCUACUGGUGCGUCAAUACAAUCAGCUAUAAUAGCUUUAAAUGCCAAAUAAUAACUCUAAUAAAUCAUCUUAAAUGUAAGUGUUUGUUUAGUUUGUCUGUUUGGCUGUAUAAUAUAUAAUAAACAUGUAUGACAUGAGAAUAA